AUGUCUGUUAAUGAUGAUAUGUUUGUAUCGGCAUCAAAUGCUUUUUCUAACUUUGCUGUUAUCAUGCAUCCAUUCAGAAAUACCACUGCUGGAGGAGCUAUACGAUGUAACAUGAGAUACAAUACAGCUGAUCGUUAUGUUCAUAGUGUAGCUGUAGUUGGUAUUGCUAAAAAUAGUACUAAUGCUGAACAUUUUUUAUUUGUUUUUGCUGCCGAAAAAAUGUCGACAAUGACUCCAUAUGUUUGUAUUGGUCAUAUAAUGAAAUCAACAUGUAUCUCUACAGUUCAAUGUACAGAUAUGGGUACAGGAGGAUUUCAUCAAGAAUAUUUUCUUAUUGGUGUUGAUAAUAAUGGUAUUUUUGCUUAUGGUUUUUCAAAUUCAUUUGCAUUUAAACUGGAUAUUUAUGCUAAUAAUAUUACUUUAAAUGUUUCAACGAAUUCUGUUUGGCCAUCAUCAGGCUUUAUUCCACAUGCUAUGGAUGUGGCUGAUACAUGGGCAGUAGUUGCUGGUUAUGGAUAUUCGGAUGAUGUGAAAAAAAAUUAUGCUGCACUUGGAUGUUUAAUUGAUCUUUCUAUGAUAAUAAAUGCAUCUUGUACGAAUCUUACUUCUGAAACAACAUAUUUAGUACCAUCAAAUGUUAUCUCAUACAACGAACUUUAUGAAUUGUCAGUUGGUAUUCGUGGUCAAAAAGUUCUUGUUGGAGUGCAUCGACUUUCAAUGUUUGUCAUUCUUCGAAAUCUUGGAUCAUCAUUAAAUGUUACUCUUAGACCUUCAUUAUCCUAUCCUGAUGCUACUUCAUUUGGUCGUGUCGUAGAUUGGGCAGGUGAUACAACAAUUGCAGUAUUAGUUCUAAAUCCAGAUACAACAUCUUGGUCGAAAUCACAAGUAUUCUUUUAUAAUGAACGUUCAGUGAUGUUGACUUCUCCUCUCUUUACUUUUCCCAAUAAUCAACAAAUAUUAGGUAGUCGUUUAUCACGUCCAUCUUUUGCUCGAUUUGGUAUUACAAGUGAAGGUAAUAUGGCUAUACUUACAGAUAAUGCUGAUAUUUUAAUUAUUCCUCUUGCUUCUGCUGGUUAUACAUCAAUAUGGAUUGAUACUAUAGAACGUGUAUUUGUAUUCUAUUUUCAACCAAAACUUUGUAUUGGUGGAACAUAUAAAAAUCGUUCAAGUUUAGGUCCAUGUCAAAUUUGUCCUCCACAUACUCGAAAUCCUGGCAUAUUUGCUAAUGCAGUCCUUCAAUGUAUACCAUGUUCGAACAAUUCAUCAAAUUCAUCUUGUCCACUUGCAUCACUAGUCGAUAUUGACUUGAAUACAGUACCUACCUAUAGUCAAGCAGUUGCAUAUCCUGAAACAGGUGCUACAACAGAUGUUGAAGAUCUUCUAUUAAAAAAUAUGUUUCAACUUAAUUCUGAUCCACGUUGUUUAAUUAUUUCUCCUCUUCUUUGGACAUUAAUUGUCAGUGGUAUAUGUCUUAUUUUUUUACUAAUUAUGGUUGUAAUUAAAUUUUGUGGAUGCGAACAAGGUAUAAAAUGUCGACAAAGAACAAAAGAUAUAUUCAAACAUACAGAUAUAAUUGGUGAAGGUGAAAUGUGGGCUGGUGGAUUAGCAACAUUAGCUAUUGUUGUUCUUGUUUCAUUUUCUUAUUGGUUUUCUGUAUCAUUUAUACGACGAUAUCCAAUCGAAGAAGUUGUUGAACCAGCUACAUUCGCUUGUGAUCAAUCAUUAGUUAAUGCACAAUUUUCUAGUGGUCUUGAACUUCUUGAUAUUCCAAAAUCAGAAGAAUCUCAACCAAUUUUUGAUCUUCUUGAUGCACAAAUAUUUUAUUUAACCAUAGAAUUGAUUAAUACUGGAUUUAUGUGUGAUUCUAUUAAAACACAAGAAAAUUUUAUUGGUACUAAAUAUGUUUCCUUAUCAAAUAAUUGCACACAAUCAGUUUCUGAAGCGAUAACAUCCAUCACAUUUCCUAUACCAAGACAUGAGACAACUGUACAAAUAAAUAUGACUGGUCCUUAUUGGAUUGGUGCUAUUCGUUUAUGUAUUCGAGGAGAAGGUCAAAUAAAUAUGAAUGCUACUUUACGUCAACUAGAUUUUUGUCAAUUUUUUUCAACACCUAAUCAAGCUAUUGGAAGAUUAACUUAUAUUCCAAUUGUAUUUAUUAAAAACAUUAAUAUGACACAUGGACUGAGUGAAUCAGAUCAAACUCUUUAUUCAGGUAUAUGGAUGCCAACUUUCACUGCUGUAUCACUAUCGGAUGAAGCAUACUAUGUUGAAUUUGGAAAUUAUUUACGUUAUAUGUCUUCAUUAACUAUUAUUCAAGUAAUGCUUGAUGAACGUCCAUUUUUUAUUAAAAAUAUUGAACAACCUAUUGUCCGAACAGCUGAAUUAAUUUUUAAGUCUUUAUUAUUUACUUCUUUAUGUAUUGAACUAUUUGGUUUUACGUUUCUUAUCGUUAAACUUUUUAUUGUACCAUUAUUUCGAUCGCUUCCAUAUUUAUGGAAAAAAUGUCGUGGUCAAAAUGAUAAAUUAAAUAGCUCAAAUGGAUCUACUAAAUCAUCAUUCCGUUCAAAUUCUUCAUACAAAAAAGAAUCUACUGAAAAGAUAGAAAUUGAUCAGAUGAUGGCUUUUGGAACAGAUCCAUCCAUAUUCAAUCAAAAUCAACAAGACAAACACAAGAAAUAUUCAACAUCAAACAUUGAAUUGAAUUUAUCUGAAAUUAAUUAUAGAUUUUAA